CCCUAAUUGUGAGUCAACUAAAACCCUUGUUUCAUUCAGGACCUGCAAGGUUUCGUUCAGCUUCGUUUCGUUGCGAAGGUAGCAACUGAAGUCAGAGCUGAAGAGGAAGAAACUCUUCGCCGCAUGCCUGCAACUCCAUCUGCCAACAAAAAAGACGCUUUUACCCUCCUCGCUUUCACUCCCCGCCAAGUACUUCUCUUAACCAAUCAAACCAUGAAGCAAUCCUCUUCCAACUUCAAGCUUCUUCUUCACCACUCCAUUGCUCGUUACCUGGAGCGCAGUUCCUUCUCCAAAACCCUAAAAAAGUUUCGCAAAGAGGCCCAAAUCGAGAAAGAUAAUGUGGAGGAUAUGUCGAUUGAUUUAGAAGAAAUGUGCCUCAAGUAUUUGGAGAUACGUGAUAAAGACGCCAAGUCAAAUAUCCAAGAUCAGAAAGUUCAAGCAGUUAAUGGCACACAAUCCGGAAACAAAGAGGGUAAAUCCAAGGACAAGAAGAAAAAGAAAAACAAGUUAGAUUCUGAGUCUCUUGCUAGUUUAGAAGAUAACCAAGUGGAGUUGCAAACUAAGGUUACAGAACAGAAGGGAAAGGAUGACAUAUCUGCAGAUGAAAAAAUUGUUGACGGUGCUGAGGCAGAGAAGAAAUCCAAGGAUAAAAAGAAAAAGAAAAAGAAGGAAAAUAGUCAAGCGGAUGCAGUAGAGGAGACUGGAGGUUGCAAUGGAACUGUUUCAAAAAAGGAUAAUUCUAAAGCAUCAAAUAAAGAAGUGACGGAUGAGGAGAAGAAAGAUACAAAGAAAAGAAAAAGACCAACUUCUGAAGAAAAUGGUCAACAGGUUGCAGACAAAAAGGCAGCUGAGGAACCCAAACGUAGAAAAGUAGAAAACUUGGAUGAAUCUAAGGGAGGAGAGAAGUUAGCAGAAACAAGUGUAGACCUUGGAAAUGACUCAAAUUCCGGUCAAGAAAAUGUUGCAAACGGGCACACUAAUGGGCAGCUUGAGAGUGCUGGAGGGAAAUCUUCGGCACAGAAAUCUCAGAAGAAACAACAGAUGGAAUCAGCUGAGCAGACAUCUGCAAAGAAAGCAUUUCAACGAGUACAGGUAGAUAAGGUGCAGUUUGCUGAUGAGAGGCUUCAGGAUAACUCCUAUUGGGCAAAGUCCGGUGCUGAGGUGGGUUAUGGGGCCAAAGCAGAGGAAAUCCUUGGCCAAGUUAGAGGAAGGGAUUUCCGUCAUGAGAAGACCAAGAAGAAACGUGGAUCUUACAGGGGAGGACAGAUUGAUUUACAAUCCCACUCCGUAAAGUUCAAUUAUUCCGAUGAAGAAUAACGUUGAAGCAUCCAUUUUUUUGCGUCUUUGGGGAAGGAAAAUCCCUUUGAUGUUGCUAGUGCAGCAUUACGUUAAAACUGGCGUUGCCAUGAUAAUUUUGUUUAAUUAUAUUUAUAUGUGCUGAAACGAUGUUUUCUCAGGUGGACAAAUUGUUGUGUCUACCAGACAACCAUUAAGCAUUGACUUUUGGAGUUUUAACAUAUUUAAAUGUUGCAUUUAGUAAAACAAAAGUUCAUUCAUAA